AAAAAUUUGAUUUUUUUCCCUCUUUGUCAAUGAUAUUGUGGAGUAUACGUGUUCGUGUUUCUCGUUUCUGAAAUUAAAGGAAAAAAAAAUAAAACAUUUUUUGCUUUGUUUCUUCUCCUUCCUUGUUCCUUCUAUUUGCUUUCCCUUGACACAUACAAAAACUUGAGUUGAAGUUUCUUAGAUCAUCAUCAUCAAGUUUGCAGUUGCUGGAGAGAGAAAAGGAGAAGCAAAUUUACAUGCUCUAGAAUCUUACUUUGAUCUUGUUCUCUCUGCUUUUUCUGAAGAAAGAGGAAGGAAUUUGUACCUAUUAUGAACAUAUAGCAACUUGAAUUAUGGGUUGGCUUAGCAAAUUUUUCAAAGGCUCCGACCAAAAGAUUUCGGAAGGGCAUUACCAUUCGUAUUAUAACGGGGAUGCGGAUUCUUACUUGCCAUCGACGUCUGGUGUAACAAAUGAUGUUUGGCCUGAGAAUGAGAACGAAGAUAUAGAUCGUGCCAUUGCAUUAUCUCUGGCAGAGCAAAAUCAUAGAGGAAACCAUGUAAAUGACUACAGAUCUCAAUUAGAAGAAGAUGAACAACUUGCCAGAGCUAUAGAAGAAAGCCUAAAUCUAGAGUCUCCUCCGAAAUAUGGAAACGAGAACAUGUAUCAACCCCAUCCGGCGGUUCCAAUUCCAGUACCAGUGUAUUUCCCAAUGGGAUCAAGGAUUUGUGCUGGCUGCCAUACUGAGAUUGGUUAUGGACGAUAUCUAAAUUGUUUGAAUGCUUUCUGGCAUCCUGAAUGCUUCCGCUGUCAUGCUUGCAACCUACCGAUCUCUGAUUAUGAGUUCUCCACGUCGGGAAAUUACCCUUACCAUAAAUCAUGCUAUAAGGAAAGCUACCAUCCAAAAUGUGACGUCUGCAAGCAUUUCAUUCCAACAAACCCUGCUGGUCUUAUUGAAUAUAGGGCACAUCCAUUCUGGGUCCAAAAAUAUUGCCCUUCUCAUGAACACGAUAACACUCCAAGAUGUUGCAGCUGUGAGCGAAUGGAGCCACGAGAGACUGGAUAUAUCGGUCUUAAUGAUGGCCGGAAGCUUUGCUUAGAGUGCCUUGACUCUGCAAUCAUGGAUACAAGCGAAUGCCAACCGCUUUAUGUUGAUAUACAAAGAUUUUAUGAAAGCUUAGACAUGAAAUUGGAGCAGCAAAUUCCACUUCUCUUGGUUGAAAGACAAGCCCUGAAUGAAGCAAGAGAGGGGGAGAAGCAUGGUCACUAUCACAUGCCAGAAACUCUUCGGCUUUGUUUGAACUUUAAUCAGAUCUCGAGACGACCGAGACUUGGGGCAGGAAAUAGAGCGGUCGACAUGAGAACACAAUCAUACAAAUUGACCAGACGUUGCGAUGUGACGGCAAUUCUCAUUUUAUUCGGACUUCCAAGAUUGCUUACUGGAUCGAUCCUAGCUCACGAGAUGAUGCAUGCAUGGCUGCGGCUUAAAGGCUACCGAACCCUAAGUCAAAACGUCGAAGAAGGUAUAUGUCAGGUUAUGGCAUACAUGUGGUUGCAUUCUGAACUCACUUCGGCGUCAGCCUCAUCCUCAUCUUCAACAUCUAGAAAAGGGAAAAGACCCCCUUUUGAGAUGAAGCUCGGCGAGUUCUUCAAGCACCAGAUUGAAUCCGACAUCUCGCCAGUUUACGGAGACGGGUUUAGGGCAGGUCACCAAGCAGUGCAGAAGUAUGGUCUUCAGAAGACCCUAAACCAUAUCUGGAUGACUGGUACUUUUCCAUUUUGAAAAGCAUUGAGAAAAAACCAUCCCACUUUUUGUUUUUACACAUUGUUUUUUCCCUCAUUCUUUUCUGGAGAUAAAAAGGUUCCUUAGGGCAUUAGAUUUGGCAAACUCAUGAUUUUUUUGUACUUGUAAUUAAAAUGGAUACCAUUUUGGAUGCAUUGAUUACAUUCAUAUGAUUUUUUGCAACAUAAUAGUACUUUUGUAGCAAAAGAAGAAAAAGUGAAAAACAAUGGGGAGAACACUUUCAUAGCAAAGGUGUAGUCUUAGGGUACUAGAGAGGUCCAUUUUUAUUAAUUAAUUCUGUGGUAAUAUAUAAAAUUUGAUACAAUGAUUGUGAAA